AUGUCAUCCUUUCUUCACCGUGUCUUUCUUUCAGAAAGACCGGUUUACUCUCAUAUCGCAGAUUUGGAGACUAGUUUUGAUCCCAGAAUUUCAUUAAAGAGGCUUCGGAGGUAUAGACCAGGGUUGAGUGAAGCAGCACAUUAUGCAUUUAUGGCAGCAAUUUCAUUGUAUGUGUUUAUUGAGUUUCCUGCUAAUUUCUUUUUGAAAACACUAUGCUGUUCAUUUUUAGGACUUUUGUUCUUGAUGCCUGCUACGUCGCAAUUUUUCUUUAACGGGCUGCCGAUCCUUGUUUGGUUGUCUCUUUAUUUCAUGUCGUCUUACAUCCCGGAUUCUCAUAGGCCAAAGAUUACUGUCAAAGUGCUUCCAGCAGCAGAGACGAUUCUCUACGGUGAUAAUUUGAGUGAUAUCUUGGCUACUUCAACUAAUCCAGUUCUGGAUGUUUUGGCAUGGUUACCAUACGGGCUCUUCCAUUUCGGAGCCCCAUUUGUGGCGGCUGCAAUUUUGUUCGUAUUCGGACCACCAACCUGUCUCAGAGGCUACGCACAUGCGUUCGGAUAUGUGAACUUAAUCGGUGUCAUUUUGCAAAAUGGAUUUCCAACGGCACCACCUUGGUACAAGUCAUUGAAUGGAUUAAAGGCAGCAAAUUACAGUAUGCUUGCAUCCCCAGGUGGAUUGGUAAGGAUUGAUGAGCUUUUCAAUAUGAGUCUUUAUAGAGAAGGGUUUAAACAUUCGUCGGUUGUGUUCGGAGCCUUCCCUUCAUUGCAUUCGGGUUGUGCUACAUUAGAAGCUCUUUUCUUCUCUUAUUGUUUCCCCAAGCUAAAACCAUUAUUCUUCGUUUAUGUUUGUUGGUUAUGGUGGUCAACGAUGUAUUUAACCCAUCAUUACUUUGUCGAUUUAGUGGCAGGAUCAGUUUUAUCGUUUGUCAUGUUCACUUAUACCAAAUAUACCCAAUUGCCAGUGGAUACUAGCCUGUGGUGUAGGUGGUCAUAUGCACAAGUCGACAGGUACGACAUUACAAAGUUAGAUCCAUUAAGAGCUAAUUCGAACGAUAUUGAAAACGUGCCGUUACGUGGUGUGGAAGUAGAUUUCGAACUAAAUUCAAUGGAUGAAACGUCCUCAAGAACUCCAUCCAUAUUUGAUGGUCCAACUUCAGUUUCGCGCUCGUCUGCUACUUCUAAUACUUCACUGGUUGAAUACCCAACGGAAGUUACAGUUCCAUCUCCAAGAGUUAACAAGCAAAGAUUCGAAUAA